GAUGUUAAACUUAUCUCCUUCAAUUCUAAUUUAUUUCUAAAGACCUCACCCCCCUCUUUUUCGUUUCCCCUUUGAGAGUGCACAAGGUCCGUCCCAGGGUAAUAGGGAUUAAUUUCCUUGACCCGAAAUAGGACCUGCGAUCGCACCGCUCUCGAAAGGAGUCAUAGUGUCCUCGCGGACAUUGACCCUUUUAGAGCCUUAGAAAAGUGCGUUCGGCUCGCUUCCACGCGCCUCCGAGCGUGUUAGCGAGAUAUUAAAAUUGCUAGUUGCGUCAUUCCACACCUCCUCGUCUGGAAGCCCUAUCCUUCGGCUCCCGCUAAUCUCUAUUUCCCAUAUCUCCACUUUCCAAGAGGUUUUGACGUAACAGUAUAUUAUGUGAAAUUAGGUAUUAUGAUCAAACUUCUCUCUUACAGUGAACAGAUGUGAGGACACUGAACUAUCAUUCCCAAAUUCUAAUGUAGAUUUGGACGAACGUUUUAUAAUGGCAGUUAUAGAUAGACCACCAUUAUACAAUCAUCGUUUAAAUGUUAAAGAAAGGUCUAAAGUAAAAAAAGCAGCUUUGUGGGAAGAAGUAAAAAAAACCAUUGGUAGUAAUCUGAGUAUAAAAGAAUCACAAAAAAAAUGGAAGUAUCAUCGUGACUGUUAUAUAAGAGCCAGGAAAAAAGUAAAACAGUAUGUGCCGAGUGGGUCUGAUGCAUCUGCAGUAAAUGUAAAAUCUAAUUAUAGAUUUUUCGAACUAAUGAGACCCUUGGAUGAUACAUUUCCGACUACAUUGUAUGUAUUGUACAAAACUAUAUAUAGUUUUACAUACAUAAAAUAAAAUAAUAUAAACGAAA